AUGCCAGAAAUAGAUGAUUAUUUUAGAGAAGUUGAUGUAAACAAGUGGAGUUAUGAUGGAUGUCUCAAAUUCUUGACAACUGAAAAAUGCAUAAACAACUUAUUGCAAAAAAAUGAAACUCAUUUUUUGAGAAAUUUGUUUCCACCUGCAAAUGUAGAAGUAGAUGAAGAAAUCAAUGGUUAUUUAGAUAAUAUAAUUUCUAUUUUUAAGGAUGAAGAGAAAAGUAAAGAGGUGGAACAGAAACAGAAAUUAGUAAAUUUGGGAAUUAAAACUUUUAAAGAAUGCCAAAUUACUUUCAUUUUCGAUACUGUACAAAAAUUGUAA